UUGAUUUAUAUUCAAUGCAGGACCCGAUGCGUCUUCGCAGUUGAGCUGGCUUAAGCACUCGUUCUUAUCCCUUGUAAUAUUAGCUGAUGUAUUAACGUUUUGGCACUGAACUGCCAAUUUGCUGUUGUUGACGCUGUGCAUGCGAGACGUUUGUUACAAUUGAAAUUGUAUUGCCUUUGGAAGCAGAAAGUAAACAAGCAACCAACAACCAUGAGCCAAGCACAUCAGCAACAUGAGCAGUUGCAACGACAACGUAGACGCUGCCGCCAACCGGUCGAGCCUUGCGAGUGCUUACGUCCUGUGAUAAGGGUUUUUGGUCUACUGACUUCAUUCGUUAUCUGUGGAGUGGGCGUAGAUGUCUACAUGCAUGGAUAUCAGGCGGGAAUGUAUAUACUUUUUUCAGCUUUGCUGGUGCUGUUCAUUGAGAUAAAAUGGCUGAUAACCAUAUUCCUGCGGCUGCAAUGCGGCGACGAUAAUUACCAGAACACCGACUUCUGCCUGGCCUGCUGGCGUUUCUCAUCGCUGCUUGGCGGCUGGCGACCAGCGCCCAUAUAUAUUGUCUUGGGUGUAACUCUGGCCUUGUAUCCACACAAUCUUUGGCUGAGCUAUGUGGCGGGCAUGUUGCUGUGCCUGUUGGCGCUGCUGAGGCUCAGCACGUUGCUGAAACUUCUGGGCGGUGGUGCGCAUUUUAAGGACGAAGGCUUGCUGCCACAGUGCGAAUUUGAAAAAGUUUCCAGCUUUGUGGAUAGCGUGGAGGAUGAUUUCGCGGAGGUCAUUGUCUCGCAGGAAAAUGACGAGCCGCCCAUGGAUGACGAUGUUUGCUAA